GUUAAUUGGCAAUCAGUUAACAACUCCAGUUACAGUAGGACGUCAAAACUCUAUGCAAGGGGACUGUUGGCCCCUUACUAAAACUCAGUGGGGGGUUUUGGUUGCUAGCUCCCAGUACUAAAAGAAAGGGGAGGGGUUGAUGGGAAAUCAGGACCAUGAGACUGACAGUCCCCAGGAACAAUGGGGAGAGGCCAAUGCUCCAGGUCAGCCUGAUUGACAGGGCGGGCAGGCUAAUCAGAGAGUCAGCAGGCCAGGGGGGGUCCCGUCCUUUGGUGUGAGCUGGAAUUGCCUGGGACAGAUAGAGUGCGGCUGAGCUAAGGAGAGAGCAGGGACCCAAGCUGAGCUGGGGAGUGGAGCUGUGCCAGCCAGAGAGGCCAGAGAAGCAGUCCAGGGAGCAGGUCAGAGCUGGGAGCAGAGUGACAGAAGCAGCUUGCAGAGCAGACCUGCCCUGGGAGCAGAGCUGCAGCAACCAGAGCCAGAGGGGCCAGAGAAGCAGCCCAGGGAGCAGGUCAGAGCUGGGAGCAGAGUGACAGAAGCAGCUUGCAGAGCAGACCUGCCCUGGGAGCAGAGCUGCAGCAACCAGAGCCAGAGGGGCCAGAGAAGCAGCCCAGGGAGCAGGUCAGAGCUGGGAGCAGAGUGACAGAAGCAGCUUGCAGAGCAGACCUGUGCUGGGAGCAGAGCUGCAGCAACCAGAGCCAGAGGGGCCAGAGAAGCAGUCCAGGGAGCUGGAGGCAGAGCAGCAGCUGUGCUGAGGCAGCAGAGUGGAGCAGGAGCUGAGGCUUGGGGCUGGAAUAGGAGCUUGGGCUGAAGCAGUCCGGGGCCAGGUGUGGUGAGCAGCUGGGGAGAGCGAGGGGGACCUUGGGCAGUGGGCCCAGUGCAGGGAGAUGCCCCCAGCCAAGAGGCUUUGCAGGCCAGACUUGGAGGGGGAUCGUAACCCCGACGGGGCAGGGGCUGAUGCUGGGAAGCAGGGUCCUGCCACCUAGAGCUUGAAGGCGUGUGGCCACCGCCAGAGCAAGUGUCCAACCUGCAGCAUCCCUGCAGCAUAGCCAGGGCCCGGGACUUUUGAGGAACAGACUGAACUGCCCUGACAUCCCAGAGACACUGAUUGUGAUGUCUCCGUGCCACAGAGCAGGGUGAUGGGUUUUACUUUCACCUUUCUCAUUUUUUCUUAAUUUUUUUUCAAUUGAUUACUGUUUAAUAAAUUUUAUUUGCUUUGAGCUACAUGUAAUGAUCAGUGAGUCAGGGAAGUGUCCAGUGUGGAGAGAGCACCCCGGAGUGGGGACAACCUAGCCCCGGUCCUAAGUGACCAUGCCAAGACCGGUGGUUGAGCCCCCCAGGAAUCCUGGGCCCAGCCUUGUCAGGGUUAUGAGGACUCUGCCCCACAGGAAGGGUGGAAGGGGCGUCCUCAAGGUCAGGGAGGCCUCUGGGUAAAGGGAGUGGGAGUGAAGACUCAGAUCCUUUCUCUAGCCCACUUCACCAGGGCAAUGUAUAAGCCAGGAAAGUUCCCCACAAUAGCAGAACCGUUCCUCCACUUAAAUGUUGUUUUCCUUGGUUUUUAAGUAACCUGUUGCCCCUAAAAUACCAGAGUGUUUGGAGUCUUUACUUGGCUUUAACAUCUGGCUCAGGGAGAUAAAGAAUCCUUGAACAGGAUUCACAGGAUAAAGGGGAUAGUUUUGUGGAUACGUUUGGAAAUAGGUGAUAUUGGGAAUACUCAGGAGCCCUUGCCCUAGCUCAGGGGUCGGCAACCUUUCAGAAGUGCUGUGCCGAGUCUUCAUUUAUUCACUCUAAUUUAAGGUUUCGUGUGCCAGUCAUGCAUUUUAAUGUUUUUAGAAGGUCUUUUUCUCUAAGUCUAUAAUAUAUAACUAAACUAUUGUUGUAUGUAAAGUAAAUAAGGUUUUUAAAAUGUUUAAGAAGCUUCAUUUAAGAUUAAAUUAAAAUGCAGAGCCCACUGGACCAGUAGCCAGGACCCGGGCAGUGUGAGUGCCACUGAAAAUCAGCUUGCGCGCUGCCUUUGGCACACAUGCCAUAGGUUGCCUACCUCUGGUCUAGCUCAUAGUAACCUUUCGAGUCUGUGUAGGCCUGAUCCAAAGCCCAUUGAAAUCAAUGAGAGUCUUUCCACUGGCAUCAGUGGGAUUUAGCUCAACCCCUUAUUGCUAAAACAAUUCCAUUAAUUCUGAAAGUGAAAGGCAACAGGGAGGUUUCUUAGCUAAAGGCAGGCGGUUUCCUGUGGUAUAAACAUUUGCAGCUGUAGUAUUUAGUCUGCAGCCAUCUCUUGCUUGGGUCAGCAGCCUGCCAGGGAAUCGCAGCCAUUCGGGGAAGUCAGCUGCACCGGGCAUGUUGGAAUAAUGCUGAGGCCUCUGCUGAUCCCCUGGACAUACUUCUGUCUUCAAACCUGGCUGGGAAUCCCUCAGGCAAAAUGUCAGGAGGAGCUGAGCAUGAUGUCUGAUGCUUUUGAUGACCAGUAUAUAGGAUGUGCUGAAGAAAUGGAUGGAAUUGCACCUGAACUGCUAGAGAAAGAAAAGUCCAAGUCCUCACUGUUUAGAACAGUGUGGGAAAAUGCAGAAAAAGAAUGGGAAUGUGUAAAAAAAGAAAUUUCUCUCCCCAAAGGCUUUAAAGAUGAGUAUGGAAGAGCCAUAGUAGCCUAUACUGACAAUGACUUUCACAGUGAGUUGAAUGCGGCAGUGAGAGGGGCUGGGACAUCUCGAGCUCAUUACAUGGCCAGUUUCCAGUUCAAAGCCUUUCAUUAUUACUUGACAAGAGCUUCACAGCUCUUACGAGGGAGGUGUGAUGUGAUGUACAAUAUGACAGUGUACCGGGGGGUUUCUGCCGGUUUUCAGCACACGAGAUCAGGUGACAUCAGGUUUGGACACUUUGCCUCUUCGUCUAUUAAAGAAGAAGUGGCUGAGAGAUAUAGCACUAAAAACCUAAGCGCCACGCCCACACUCUUCACCAUCCAAACGUGCUUCGGUGUGAAGAUCUGGAACUUCUCAUACAGUCCUCCCGAUGAAGAAGUGUUAAUCCCAGUCCAUGAGAUAUUCAACAUGCCCCAAGGACAAAGGAGUAACUGCUUUGUCCUCCGGAGCACAAACCGGACCUGCAGCCAUUUUAACUGCGCGUACCUGGGCGGAGAGAAGACCCAAACAUGUGUUUACCACUCUGGUACACCAAAGAUUUCCAGCCUCUCCCGCUGGAUGUCCCAAUCCACUCCUUGCAGCCCGGCGACUCCAUGCUUGUUCGUACCUGGAAGGACGAGCCUCUCCAAGAGAAGUGGAAAGAACCACACACCAUCCUGCUGGUUUCCCAUACAGCAGCAAAGGUUGAGGGACACAAAAACUGGAUUCAUUACUCUCGUCUGAAAGUAGUGCCAGCUCCUGAACAGUGGACCGUCCAGCCUGCUGAGAAAACUUCCAGUGACGAUUUGGGAACUUAAGCUGUUAUUGAAGCAACAAUAAGGAGUGCUGGGGAAUGCCCUGCAAUCCCUUUUAACCGCCACAGUGCACUCCCUGUGAACACACUGAACAUUGGCUGUGUUUAUUUUCAGAGGGCCGGCCUAACCUGUCGGCCUGGAUCCUUUGGUUUUUAAUUUGCGUGUUGUUGUACUUCUUAAUCUUUCUUAUUUUGUGGGCAUUUGAGGCCUUAAGAUUUUGAGGCCCUAAAGUAAUCCGCCCAAUAUGGGUUCAGGUUCAGGGUUUGCCCUCCUGUUACUGUUUGCCAUAAUAUUGCUGCUAUUAAUUCCUGUGUUCCCCCAAAAGCAUGCAAAGUGGGAAGAUAAUAGUUUUUUGCAUUUAACUCAUGCAGUUGCUCAAGGUGUAAAUCAAUCCUCAUAUUGGGUCUGCAUACACACUCCCACCCAUACUGAACAGGGCAUUCCACUAUGGGGUGUUCCCCUUUCACUCAAUGGCACACUUAUAGAUCAGCUGUUUCCUGAUUGCAACUACAGCCCGGACCCCCCAGUUCAGACAUGGUCCAUCCAUAUGGUACCUCAGGAUCCCUAUGCUGCAUGCCACUGACGAGAUAAGGGAGACAAUACCAUCUUUGCGGGCAAUGCCAUGGUGGAGUGCAAUUACUCAGAACAUGUUUACCUGAGCCCUUCCUCCACCUGUGGUCAAGCCCCAUGGCCGGUCCCUACGGGAUCUGGCUGGCAUUGGCUUUGUAAUCAGACGGCUUAUAAAGCGCUCCCAGCUGACUGGUGGGGCUCUUGUGCCCUGGGAGCUGUGGUCCCUGCUGUCACAAUACAUCCAACAUUAAACCAAGGCGAGGUUUGUAAUCAUGUUUGGAGGAGCCGACGGAAUGUUCCUGUUAAUCCCCUGGCCAGUGGGCCUACAGGUUUUCAUUCUUUUGUCUGCUGGUUUUUGCCUUCGUUGGGAGUAAAUGAGUUAGAAAAAGCUAUUGUAAAUAUUUCUGCUGCCUUGGAAAUAAUGGCAAACUCCACAGCAGAUGCCUUAUCGGCUCUCCAAGGUGAAGUAUUUCAGUUGUCCCAGACAGUUUUACAAAAUCGUUUGGCCCUAGAUUACCUCCUUGCUAAUCAGGGUGGAGUUUGUGUCUUAGUUAACUCCAGCUGUUGUGUGUUUAUAAACCAACAGCAGCGGGUGGAAACUGAUAUACAUGCUAUUAGAAAGCAGGUUGCCGCCUUUCACCAUAUUACCCUUGAUAACACCGGUACAGGAGUCCAAGAGGUAUGGGGUUGGUUAACCUCCUGGAUGCCCGAUUUAGGUGCAUGGGGUCGGCGUAUAGUGUUUUUGCUCUUUUGUGUACUCCUUCUCUUUGUUGUUCUUUUUGUGUUCAUAGAAUGCUGUAAAAUGUCCUGAAUUCACUCUGCUCCCCCCGAUCCCCUGGUAUUUCCCAAUUGACUCUAACUAGCGACCUCGACGCUUAUGAGCUAAAUCUGUUCUUAUCCUCUGCAUAUGAGAACACUCAGCCAAAAGUUUGUUGAGUUUUCUCAAAGGAGGGAGUUGUUGGUGUCACUAGACAUAAAUCUAGGUAACUCGGGAGAGUGGUAGAUCACAAGUGUCAAUGAAGCCUUCCUGUUGAGGGCCUCAGUGAACCAAUGUUCCUCCAUGUUAAACACUUUGUGUAACCUAGUGUAACCUAAUGUACUAACAGCUGCAAAAAUGUAGUGUUAGCAGUUAGUUUUUGGCUGUAACAGCCAGUUCUCUGCUGUAAUCCAUUGAAGCUCAGCUGAAGCAAGUUUCAAGGCCGCUUUUAGAUACAGCACACGUGUCUCUGCAGCAGAAAGGGGAGAGGGAGGGGGUAGACAAAGUAGUGUGUGAGAAGAGAAUGCUGCAGCUGGACAGAAGAGGGAGGGGACACGGGGGAUUGCUAGUCAGCGAGAAAAGUUCUCAUGGAUGUAAAGAAACAGACUGCUUGUUUUAAUCCUGCUUGAUUUGAGUCAGUCUCCCUGCACCGCUUUGAGAUCUCAAAUAAACUUGGUUUGCUUCUCCACCCUGGUGUGUUUAUUGGCGCGGCACACCGGGCCAGGGACCCCCCUGCUGUUGCUUGGCCUCAGGCAGUUAUCUGCCGGCAACACUCCCAUUUAAAAAAGUUCUACCUUCCCAUUGGCUCUUUUGGUCAGGUGCCCACUCCUUUUCUUUUACCCAUGGGCUUGUUAACCCUUUACAGGUAAAACAAGUAGAAUACAGCCACCAACAGGGAUUUUACAGCUAACUGGCUGGCUGGGUGUCCAUCAAAAGGAACUACCCAACCACUUUAUAUAUCACAGGGGCCCAUUCUAAUAAGCAAGGUCCAAGUACACUUACUAGAUCAGGUCCCACAGGCGAGUUUGUUGGAGGAACGCCUGUUUUCCCCUUGUUCAUGCACCACUGUGAAGCUGCAGGGUACGUGUGCAGAGGCAAAAACAUAGGAGCCUCAGGAAUUUUUCACUGAAAAAUUCAGGUGCCAAACAAGUUUACGCACCUAUAGGGUUCAGGAGCAGCUGAGUGGGGAAUCCUAAUGGGGGCCUGAUUAUGAGAUUUAGGUGCCUAAAGUGACAGUUAGGUAGGGAUAGAUAGAUAGAUAAUCACCUGUCCUGGCAAUCUGUGGGAAGAGAUGAACAGCUUUCUGCCUGGGAGGGUCACCUGAUGCUAUGAACGGAUCAUCUUGGUGGUUGUACCAGUAGAGGAUAGA